AAAUAAUGGCGUAUGCUUAAUAAUUUUCUGCUUUGUUGCUGCUGAGUUUUAAAGGGAAACAUAAGUUGACCUUAUAGUUGCUUUGCUGCUUUGCUGUUGCUGAGCUUUAUUGUUUUUGUCUUUUAUUUUUCUACAUGCAGGUUCUUAUAUAUCACUAAAUAUGAUAUCUUGCUAUGGAAACAUUUUCAUCUUAACUCACAGGGUUGCACUUUUAGCAAUUGUUUGUGUUUCCUGAAUUUGGGGCUUCUAAUGUUGGUUGUUUGUGUUUCGACUUGUACAUGUAUGUUAAUUUCUUCCAGAGAUGUUUGCUGUUUGGCUAUCGGUUGAAAUUUGCUUUUCUCUGCCAUUUUGGCUUGCAAGGUGAUGUUUCAGUUAUAAACAUUGUGUGAAAUUUAAUGUUAUGGGGUUGCACAGAUGUGUAGGUAGUAGGUUUUUUUGGAUUGCAGGGCUUGUUUUUGCUUUCCUUUGGUUGCUGGGGAAAAGUGAUGCAGGAGCAUCUACAGGUCUCCUCAAGAGUACUUGGGCCCUUUAGUCAAUUGGGCUAGGGUUCUAGUUCCUUUAAAUUAUUAGUUACUUCUUUUGUUUUCCUGUUUUGGUUUUUAAUUUCCUAUUUCAAUUAGGUUUUCUGCACUCUAGUAUAAAUAGGCUAUUAGAGACUCUUGUAUUCAGUUUUGUUGAUGAAUAUAAUUUCACACUUUUAGUCUAUAGAUGAGGAUAUGUGGUGUAGUGUCUUUUUGAAAAACUGCCCAAAGGAUUUGCUAUUUAACAUUUAAGUGGAGUUCUAAAUGUGACUUGAAUAUUCUACUAAAAUGGUUGGACUUUUAAGCACUUGAAAGAAGUUUACAGAUUGGGUUAAUUAGUUGGUAGUUAAGUGGACAAUCAUUGUGCAUGGUCAGUUGGUCAAGCACCAUUUACCUUUCAUGAGGGCAUAUAUUUUUCUUACUUAUAUCCAUCAUCGUGUGUCUACCUGUAGCAAUUAUCGACCAAUUGAACUCCUAGGAUUUUUAGUUCUUAUUUCUUUUGACUCUUGAGUUUAUGCUGUGAAAAAAAAUUGCUGAAAGAUUAAAGUUAUGGAAUGUUGGUAAUACCCAAAACUAAAUGAAAAGGUAAGCAGUAGUUUUACUACAAUUAGUUAUGAAACAGGACAGUCAUACAAUGAUUUGCAUUAUUGCCUUUAGUGAUGAUUUUGCAUUCAACAGGGUGCAAGUUUGUUUCUCCACUGAUGGCGUGCUCUGUACAACGCUUCUCCAGCCCUGCUCGGUUUUCUCGAGCAAGUAUUGUCCCAGGGUCCAAACCUUUCCUGACGGACACAUUUUCCGAGGUCAGGAGGGUCCCUGGCAUUUCAGAAGAACAACUUCAAACUUGUAAUAGGCUUACCUGUCAGAACUGCAACUCAACAAGGACCAGGGUAAGUUGGGCGGUGCAAAAUCAAACUUUACGUCCACAUGGAAAGUCCCUAUCAAGAUUUGCCACCUUCACUCUUUCUCGUGCCCUUAGCACUGCAACUUCAGCAAAUGAGACUCCGACCCAGAAGCUCGAGCGCGUUGCAGACGAGCUCCUCGACCUUACAAAGAUCGAGAGGCACGACUACUCCAUCCUCUUCAGGCUGAAAAUGGGCCUCAAUCGGUAUGGCCCAGCAGUCUCGGGGAUUGGCUCGGCAUCUUCGGAAUCUGGGCCUGCCUCCGCAGACUCCAAGGUCGUUGAGAAGACUGCAUUUGAUAUAAAGAUUGAGAAGUUCGACACAGCGGCAAAGAUCAAAAUCAUAAAGGAGGUUAGGACUUUCACUGACCUGGGACUGAAGGAGGCUAAAGAAUUGGUGGAGAAGGCCCCUGUUGUGGUGAAGAAAGGCGUGACCAAAGAGGAGGCGGGGCCCAUUGUUGACAAGCUUAAGGAAUUGGGUGCUACUGUGGUAUUGGAAUGAAAUGAGUUGUGUUAUUUUGUUUAUUUUUCACCUUUUCACAUAGGAUAAGUGAUCGUUGAGUUAAAUGAUAAAUGGAGAUAGUUUCUUCAUAGUUUGCUGAAUUGGGACUCAUUUCUUUAAUGGAGGAGAUGAUGUAGGUUUUGUUGAUUA